AUGAUGACAUUCCCAACAGAAGUAUUCCAUAGGAUUUUUCAAAUCCUUGAUAGUUGGGGCAAGUUGCAUCCUAAAUUCAUGAGAGUGUGCAAGAUCUUUUAUAUGAUGAUCUUGCCACUCAUUUAUCGAGCACCCCAUUUAAGAGCAACAAACUUUUUCAAUUUUGUGGAAACAUUGUCGAACAACAAAGGGCUUGGAAACUAUAUCCGUACUCUUGAUUUAGCUUAUGUGAUUCAAUCUGGGAAGAAUGCCUUUGUUGCUCGGUUAUUAAAACAGUCGAGAAAGAAUUUGGAAACAUUCAUUGCGCCACAAACAAGCUUUGGACUUGGCCCCUUAAUUGCAUUGAAAAAUUGUCAGAACUUGAAAGUGUUGGAUUUAAGAUUGGUCUCAGAAACUGUGAACUUGGCGCAACUUUUUCACUCGAUUGAAAAUUUGUCUUCCUUGACUCACCUAUCUUUUCCUAGGUCAUCCAUAGAGAUAAGUGAUUACGAAAAGAUAUCAUGGCCGUCAAAACUCACGUUUUUGCGACUAUCGGGUGGAAUCAGUGAUGAGUUUUUAUACCAUUCAAAAUUCCCUCAACUGAUAACAAACAUGGAGCUUGCCCACUGCCCCGCCAUAUCAGAUUUAGGUUUGAAACAAGUGCUUUAUCGUGUCGGCUCUCAAUUGACAACGUUAAAAGUACAAUAUCCAAUGCCAGCAUUGAAACAAAGCACACUUGAUGAGGUUUUCUACUUUUGCCCUAACUUACGGGUACUUGAGAUUAGCGUUGAUUACGUUUCUUCGAUGUUUUUUGAUGAGCAGUAUUUGGGUUACCUAGAUAUUCCAAGGCCAUUGAGGUCAUUGUACAUAAAUAGCAGUGGAAUGUUAGGUACUCUGACGAGACUCGACCCGAUGGACUUGGCUGUUGCUCUCGACGAUGGUCGAUUACCAUUGUUGAAAAAUAUCCAAUGCACGGCGAAGCUUGGAUGGGAUCCAAAAUCGGAUGCCGUUGAAUUCAUAGUGGAUAAACUAGAUGAGAGAAAAGGUGGUUUGUAUAUAGGAUAUUAA